AUGGAUUCUGUUCAGAUAGACUCCGUGUGCAACCUAGGCUCAUCUGCCAUUGUUCAGAUCAAGACCUGGAUGGAAGUGUGCCAGCGAGAUCACCAAGUGUGCAAAAACCGACAGGAUAUCCCGUUUUCUGCAACCGAGCCUCAAUUUCGACUCAUUGAUGUCGGUAACAGUGUGGAAAGUGCUGUUUAUCUCGUAUACAGCGGAGAUAUAGUUGGAGACUUCAAUUACAUCACAUUGAGCCACCGUUGGACAGAGGAGACAGAUAAGACAAAACUUACGCGAUCCAACCUCCACCAAUAUCUCACGUGUAUGCCAUAUAUGGAUUGGCCGGCGACGUUUCGUCAAACGAUUUCAAUAGCACGUCAGUUACAAAUCAAAUAUGUCUGGAUAGAUUCUUUAUGUAUCAUUCAGGACCAGCAAGACUGGGCUGUUCAGUCACAACUCAUGCAUAGGAUCUAUGCAGGCGGAGUAUUGAACCUAGCAGCAGUUACAACGCCAACGAUGGCAAAUGGCCUCCAACUCCACCGCGAUCCUUUGGAAAUAUCACCAUGUAUCCUCUCUGGUCGAGUUCCAGAAUAUGGUACUUCUGUCCGUUACUUCUUGUGCUGGCGCCCCAACGAAUUUAGAGAUCGCGUGGACAAUUCACCACUCUACCAGCGUGGCUGGACUUUCCAGGAGCGUCUACUAUCAAAGCGGACCGUUCAUUUUGGGCCCCAAUUAUAUUGGGAGUGUGCAGCUUUACACGCAUCUGAGACGUUCCCGAUUGGUGUUGAUACCCCGGAUCAGCCUACAUUUGUUGACGACUUUGUGCAGAGGCUAAAGACUCAGCUCCAAACUCCGAGGCAAGGCGAGGAUAAAGCACGAGCAGCUCGAGAUCUACACAGCAUCUGGUGUUCUAUUGUGAGAUUCUACUCAAAAACCGAGCUCACAAAAGAAAGCGAUAGGCUGGUCGCCAUAAGCGGUAUAGCAACUAGUAUUAUGAACCUGUAUGCAUUCCAGUCCGACGAAUACAUUGCUGCCACAUGGAAACCAUGUCUUCCAGAACAGUUGUUAUGGGCCCGAGAUGAAAACUGCUCUCACUGGAGCAAAGACAAAGGGAACUUUGACUAUGCACCAUCCUGGUCGUGGGCCUCAUGCUCUGGUAGA